GAAAGUGAUCAGCCUCUGGCUGUGGCUGUAUUCACUAUUCAAUUCAGUAAAUUGAAUAAAAAUUGUAAAAUUGUUAAUCUGUCUGUGGCUUGUUUAUUUAAAAAUGAUGCGAGUUCCAUAUAGAGCGUUUAAUAUUUUAAGCAAAGUUUUUAAACCAAAAUCUAUUAUUAUUGAUAAUAAAAACUGCACAGCUAUAAUAAAACUAUCUUAUACACAAAAUAAGUGUUAUUCGAAUGACGUUAAAGUUAAAUCACCAUUAGAUAAUUUAAUAACCAAAGAUGGUGGAGAAAAAGAACAAGAAAAAUCUAACGAAGAUAAAAAGCAAAGAGAACAAUCAUGGAAAGCUAUGAAAUUAACGUUAGCUGUUUUUGGCAUAUCUUUUACAUGUAUGGGUGUUUAUCUUGUCGUUACAUUAGGAUCUCCUGAAAGAGACAUGGAUGGUAAACCUAUUAGAGAUGAUUUGUUUGAUCAAAAUAUAAUAAAACAGUAUAUAGUUAGAACUUAUAGAGAGUUGGAUUACUACAGAAGACUCAUUAAAGAACCAUCAAGAGAAAAGUUGUUACCAGAUCCUUUAGAGUAUCCAUAUUUGCAACCUAAAUAUACGUUGGUAUUGGAGUUAACUGAUGUUCUUGUUCAUCCAGAUUGGACAUAUAAUACUGGUUGGAGAUUUAAAAAACGACCAUUGUUAGAUUACUUCCUAGAAUCUUUGCAUGGAUCAUACGAAAUUGUAAUUUAUACCGCCGAACAAGGAAUGACAGUUUUUCCCUUAAUAGAAGCCAUAGAUCCAAAAAAUAUAAUUGCGUAUAAACUUGUUCGUGACGCAACACAUUUUAGUGGAGGCCAUCAUGUUAAAAGUUUAAAUAAUCUAAACAGAGACUUAAGUAAAGUAAUAUGCAUAGAUUGGAACCCAAAAAAUGUUAAAUUUAAUCCAGAAAAUUUACUUAAUAUUAAAAGAUGGUCUGGUAACGAUAAUGACACUUCUCUUCUAGAUUUAGCAGCUUUAUUAAAGACAAUUGCAGACAAUGAUAUAGAAGAUGUGAGAGAAGUUUUGAAAUAUUACAGCAAAUAUGACGAUCCAGUUGCAGCUUUUAGAGAAAAACAAAAGAGAUUGAUUGAGGAACUUGAGGCACAAGCUGUUGCCAAAAAAGAACAGGAACCCUCAAAAGCGUCAAGAUGGACACCAAAUAUUUUUAAUAGGAGACCUUUUUAGAAUUUGAAGAUGUUUUAUAUUGCCAUGUGAAAAUUAAAAUAUAAGAAA